GACCUUGUUAUAUAAAUAUAGCCAGAUAUAGAUCACAUAUUCACGCUCGUUCUUCCUUCUUCUUCCUACUCUCUCCCCAGAAACAUUUCAAGAUUGGCUUCUUCUCUCUGUCUUGUUGCAGAAAUGGUUAGCGCGACGGUUGCGAGGAACAUCGUUGGCAUUAUUGGAAAUGUCAUCUCGUUCUUCUUGUUUGCAUCGCCCAUACCAACGUUCGUAAGAAUAUACAAGAAGGGAAGCGUAGAAGAGUACAAAGCGGAUCCGUACUUGGCGACAGUUCUAAACUGCGCGCUUUGGGUGUUCUACGGAUUACCAAUGGUCACGCCAGACAGCACUCUCGUCAUCACCAUUAACGCCACUGGCCUUCUCAUUGAGCUCUUCUAUAUCUCCUUCUACUUGUUCUUCGCCCCCAAAAACCGUAGGGUAAAAGUGGGGAUAUGGCUUGCGGUGGAGAUGGUGUUUGUGGGGAUUGUGGCGACACUCACGUUGCAAUUAUUCCACACACAUAAACAGAGAUCCUCUGUGGUUGGGAUCCUUUGUGUUGUUUUCGUCAGCCUCAUGUACAUUUCCCCUCUCACCAUCAUGGGAAAGGUGAUCAAAACCAAAAGUGUAAAAUACAUGCCAUUCUCUCUCUCGCUAGCCAACUUCCUUAAUGGUGUUGUUUGGGUUAUUUAUGCCCUCAUCAAAUUUGAUCUUUUCAUUUUGAUUGGGAAUGGGUUAGGAACAUUAUCAGGAGCAUUACAGCUUAUCUUAUACGCUUGUUACUGCAAGACAACACCAAGAGAGGUUGAAGAAGACAAUGCCUCGAAACCUACGGGGAUACAACUCAGUGGAAGUCAUGGACAAGCUGCAAGAGCUUAUGCUUAAACUUGAUUAGUAGAUUAAUUAAAAGUAAUUAACUACUUGUGUCACGUUUCCAAUUUAAGUUUAUGGGUUGGAAUUGAACACAGAAAAUCACCCCAUGCUUGGUUUUAUAUAAUAUAUAUCAAAACCUAGCGGACUAUCUUCUACAAGGGUCCCCCACACGCAAUACUUCUAUGACCCAUGGAUCAUAUAGGUUUUGUCUUGGCUCUCCUCUUCUCUUGUCUCUCUCUCUCUAACAACAAUUGCUAACGACAAAGCUGUCUAUAAUGGCACUGGUAUCA